AUGCCCACAGGCAGUAUUUACCCCUUGCAGUCAUCCCCAGUGCACCAAUUGGAAAGUCAGCUGAACCAGCAGCUUUGGUCCCUCAUCCCCAAUAAUGACGUGAGAAAAUUCAUCUCAGAAGUUAUCAGGACUCUGCAGAUGGACUGUGCGGACCCCCAGGUGCAGCUGUCCUGUGCCAAGCUCAUCUCCAGAACGAGCUUCCUCAUGAAGCUCCUCAGUGAGCGGCAGCAAGUGAAGGCCAAGGCAGAAUGGGACACAGACCGCUGGAAAGAAGAGGACUACAUCAGCGAGAGCCCAGGAGGCCAGACUGAUGCAGGAAUGAUCGAGCCAAGUGAGCUCAAAGAAGUCCCAAGAUACAGCCUUAAGAAAAUACUCAUCAUGGCAAUAUCUGUCACUGUAGCUGUGAUGAUCUUAAUAACGGGAGCCUGUCUCGUUGGGAUUUACUCUCACAGGGCAAGAGCCGACGCCGAGGAGGAGGACAUAGGAAAAGGUCUAAGCGACCUUUACGAAGAUUCCCUCAAGCAAAGAUGCGAGAAGAAGCAGGUGGGCUUCUUGGUGAGGUGGCUGCACUGGCUGAGGGGUGAGCGCAAACCCCGCCGGGCAAUGAGCCGGAAGGAACUGGCUCAAAGGUUGUAUGAUGAAACCUCUGACGAGGAAGCAAUCUUCAUGAGAGGGGCAAGGUAAAUGACAGACUGCCUUCCCCACGUUACCUAACGGGACAAACGGGGCGGGCAGAGAGGAAAAGUGGCCU